CGUCUUAUAUCCGUCAUUUAGUAACUUUUGGCAGAACCGAAGUGGUGUUACACAUUGUUUCUCACAGCAUUGCAGACACCAUGAAGUACACUGGGAAUAUUGUGAUAUCGGGAAUUUCAGGUCGAUUUCCUGAAUGCGAAAAUGUCGAACAAUUCAAGGAAGCCCUCUUUCAGGGAGUCGAUUUGAUCAGUGAAGACGACAGAAGAUAUCCAGCAGGUUUGGCCGGAACACCAAGAAGAUUAGGAAAAAUACCGGAAAUCAAAAAAUUCGAUGCGGCCUUCUUUGGAAUUCAUCCAACCCAAGCAGACUUUUCCGAUCCCCGUCAGAGGUUAUCACUCGAAGCAGCCUACGAAUGCAUUAUAGAUGCUGGAUUCAAUCCAACUGAAGUGAGAGGGAGUAAAACAGGUGUCUACUUCGCAAUCGCAAACUUCACAUGCUUGGAAGAAAUCCGAAAACAGGAAACCAGAGGAUACUCCAAUAUCGGCUUAUGUCUAGCUAUCGCGGCCAAUAGAUUGUCCUAUUGCUUCGACUUCAAGGGUCCAAGUUAUGCGCUCGAUUCCACAUCAUCAGGUGGGCUGUAUGCAAUGCUGAAUGCAGUGAAAGACAUCAGAAACGGAAUAGUCGACAGCGCGUUAGUGUGUUCCUCCCAUUUAAUCCUAGAUCCGGAGGUGACGGUUGAAUACAUGAACAUGAAUGUUUUGUCCCCUGAAGGCAAAUCAAAGGUUUUCAGCGCAGACCGAAACGGUUACGUUCGCUCUGAGACGAUAGCUUGCUACUUUCUUCAGAAGGAGAGCGAUUGUAGACGGAUGUAUGCUACGGUCCUCGGUGCUCAUGGUUUGUCGGAAGGUUUCAAAAAGGGAGAGGAAAUUUACCCUUCCGGUGAGGAGCAGCUGAGGUUGUUGAAAGAAGCGUAUGCGGCAGCCAACUUGAGUGCCAGUGACGUUGCUUAUAUAGAAGCCUUCGGAUUGGGCACAGUAGUUGGAGACUCACAGGAAUGUUACGCUUUAUCUAAAUUUUGCGAAGGAAGGAAAACACCACUUCAUAUUGGUUCUGUCAAAUCUAACAUGGGAAUGUCAGACACUGCAUCAGGAUUGGCAUCCCUAACCAAAAUAAUCCUGGCGAUGGAAGUAGGAGUUAUACCUGCGAAUUUACAUACCCAAAAUAUCGACAUGACGUUGCCAGGUAUAUCAGACAACAAACUCAAGGUUGUAACAGAAAAUCUUCCCUGGAAGGGCGGAAUUGUGGGAUGUAAUGCAUUCGGACUGUUGGGAACAAAUGCUCAUGUUAUAUUGAAAUCAAACGAAAUAAAAAAGAAACCGAAGAUCGGCCAGAGACCCAAAAAUAGAUUAUUUAUUGCUUCCGGAAGGAACCCUGAAGCCAUAUCACAUUUCUUCCAAGGUGUCAUGAAGCAUCAAGAUGACGAUGAAUUUGCAGCCCUCGUAGACGAAAUUCACCGGACUAAUAUUGAAGGGCAUCAAGUAAGAGGUUAUAUGGUUGUAGGGGAUCGUGUCGUAACUGAAAUUGAGAAAUUUAAAAUGAAAAACCGUCCAGUCUGGUUUAUUUAUUCUGGAAUGGGUUCCCAGUGGACGUCAAUGGGCAAAGAUAUAAUGAACAACAAAAUAUUCAGAAACACUUUUAUGCGCUGUGCAGAAGCUUUGAAACCUUACGACAUCGACCUAGAAGCUAUUGUGACUAAUGAUUCACCAGAAUUAUUUGACAAUAUUCUCAACUGCUUCAUUGCCAUAACUGCCAUACAGAUUGGUUUAACCGAUGUUUUGUUCGCAUUAGGCAUUCGUCCAGAUGGAUUUGCAGGACACUCAAUGGGUGAAGUAGGAUGCGGCUAUUGUGACGGCACCUUCACACCUGAAGAGGCCAUAUUGAUAUCGUAUGCCAGAGGACUAGCUAGCGUGAGCAAAAAAUUACCACCUGGACUGAUGGCCGCUAUAGGCCUAUCAAAAGAAGAGACUGAGAAGCUUCUUCCAGACGACAUCUUCGUAGCUUGCCAUAAUAGCGCCCAAAGCGUAACAAUUUCAGGACCGAAGUCUUCGGUGGAAGAUUUUGUCAAAAAAUUAAGUGACCAAGGAAUUUUUGCCAAGCUUGUCAAGAGUGGAGGUAUUGCGUACCACACUAAAUAUCUACACUCCAUCGGGCAAGUUAUGUUGGACUUUUGUAACAAGGUAUUUCCGAAUCCCAAACCAAGAAGUUCCAAAUGGGUAUCUACUUCGAUUACGGGAGAACAUCAACCCUGGAUGGACUAUAAUUGUGCACAGUACCACUAUAACAAUUUCAUGAAUCCUGUCCAUUUCAAUGACGUUUACCAAAAAAUACCAGAUGGCGCUUUAGUUAUUGAAAUUGCGCCUCAUGGUUUAUUACAAUCUAUUUUGAAGAGGGCGCUGGGACCCGAAACAAUAAAUUUGAGUUUGUUGAACAGGUCUGCGGAGGAUAACGAGCAAUUUUUUUUGACUGCCAUUGGAAAGAUGUAUCUUGCUUGGGAACAACCAAAUUUGAGAAAUCUCUACCCAGGCGUAACUUUCCCUGUCAGUCGAGGAACUCCAAUGUUGUCGCCUUUAGUAAAAUGGGACCACGCAAUAACUUGGUUCACCACUGCUUGGACACACGAAGAUUAUUUCGGUAAUAUAGUAACGGUCAACUUGUCGAAUGAAAAAUACUCCUACCUCGAAGGACAUAACAUCGAUGGGAGAGUAUUGAUGCCUGCUACUGGAUACCUGGAAGUAGUCUGGGAAGUUUUGGCAAAAAUGUUGAUGAAGUCAAUAGAAGAGCUCCCAGUUGUAAUGGAAAAUGUGAAAUUCAAACGUGCCACCGUUUUGCUUCCAGAUGAAGAUGUCCAUUUUCUCGUUAAUAUUGUGAAACAAUCCGGCUACUUCGAAAUAUUCGAAGGAGGUUCAAUAGUCGUUACAGGAAGCGUAAAAGUACCUGAAAAUGUGCAUGCGGAAUUCUCCAAAAUCAAACCUGAAAUAGCCCAUGAGGAUGGUUAUUCCAAAAUGAGUAAAGAAGAUUUGUACAAAGAAUGCCACUUACGGAGGUAUAUGUAUAAAGGCAUUUUUAGAGGUAUCACAGAAUGCGACAUCCAAGGCGUUCAUGCGAAAAUUGAAUGGAAUGGAAAAUAUACCAGCUUUAUGGAUGCAAUGAUACAUACUAGUAUUGUAGUAAGUGAUAGUAGGGCUUUAGCUCUGCCUACUAGUCUGAGGCGAAUUGUUAUCGAUCCAAUCAGUCAUUCAGAGAUUGUCGGUAGGAAUAAUGAACUUCCACUAGAAAGUAAUCGUUACUGUGGCAUAGUGAGAGCCGGAGGAAUUGAAAUAAUGGGACUGAGAACCACUAAAGCGCCUAGAAGACAGCAAAUUCAAUCUGACCCCUGCCACGAAACCAUGGACUUCAUUUAUUACACUUCUCCGUUGAAUAAACAACUUAAUCUGGACACCUCCCUGAGAAUAGCCUUGCAAAUAGUCAUCCAAAACACUGCUGGUCUCUGUAAGUCACUGAAAAUAUGUCAAACCGGCCAACUUUCCACUGAAAUAGAUCUGCAGGCCACCAUCAAAGGAAUUCUGGACAAACAAGUUUUAUGUCUAAGCCAAUAUUCACUUCAAGAACCAGCCCCCUCCUGCCAAAACCAGUUCGAUAUUGUUGUUACGGGAGAAGGUUUCAAACUGGAUGAGGUAGUUUUGAACAGUCUCACUGAUACCGGGUUUAUUCUCUGGAUUGGAACCAUUCCCGAUGAAUUAGCGGAUGAAUUAAUAGAGAUAUUUCAAGGGGGCUCUGAUUCUGCCGCCGUACAACUACUUCGUCGAAAACGAGAACUGCCGAAGGAUCGUCAUAUUAUCAAGGUAUCCAAUAACGAAUUGUCUUGGUUGAAGGAACUACAAGAAUUAUACGAUAAGGAAGACACUGUAUAUCUUAUCAGUGAAGGAGAACCAACCAGUGGAAUUGUAGGUUUGACAACGUGUCUUCUAGCCGAACCGACCAAUCUUAGUUUCCGAUGUGUGUUUAUUGACCAAGAGGAUGUCGUUUUCUCAAUGGAGGACGAAAUCCAUCGCAAUCAGUUAGAGAAAAACCUUACUUUCAAUGUGUUAAGAAACAAUAAUUGGGGUACUUUCGUUCAUUUACCUCUUGGAGAGAUCAAACCAGUGGAAACUGAUAAUGCGUCCAUUUCGCUCGAGAGUCUUGGAGAUUUGUCCAGUAUUAAAUGGGUACAGAGGCCAGAACCAGUGCCGUUUCAUGGAUGUAAUAAUCAGCCGUUGGUGCAUGUUUACUACUCAGCAUUGAACUUCAGAGACAUAAUGGUAGCGACAGGAAAGAUAUACUUUGACGACAAAAAUCCAACCACGCCCGAGGUAAAUAUAGGUUUGGAAUACUCUGGAGUGACUUCUUCCGGAAAAAGAGUGAUGGGAAUAGUUGGAGCCGAAGGGAUGGCAUUACAAGUGCGAGCUCAUCCCACAUUAUUAUGGGAUGUACCUAAAACAUGGAGCCUGGAAGAAGCUGCGACAGUCCCAGUCGUAUAUGCAACGUGUUACUACGGAAUGAUUCUAAGAGGAAAAAUUAAAAAAGGAGAGUCGAUUCUGAUUCAUGCAGGUGCAGGAGGAAUAGGUAUCGCCGCUAUUUCAAUUGCUCUUAGCUUGGAAGCUAAAGUAUUCACGACAGUGAGCACCCAGGAAAAGAAAGAUUGUAUCAUGAAAAUGUUUCCAAGUCUUGAAGACAAAAAUAUAGGCAACUCCAGAGAUAAAUCCUUCGAGAAAUUAAUAAUGACUGAAACAAAAGGUAAAGGUGUGGACCUGGUGUUGAACUCUUUGGCAGCAGAUUUGUACCAAGCAUCCAUAAGGUGUAUAGCGAGGAGGGGCCGGUUUUUGGAAAUUGGAAAAGUGGAUGCUGUCAAUGAUACUCCCAUCGACUACAGUGUGUUCCUGAAGAAUAGAAGUUUUCACGGUGUUCAUUUGGAUGGUAUAUUCGCUUCUGAAAACGAGGAAGCCAAAAAAAUUCAAGCCUUGCUUCAAGAAGGUAUCGAAAAAGGCGUUGUAAAACCAUUGCCUUCUACAGUUUACAACGAUCAUGGUGUAGAGAGUGCUUUCAGAUUCUUGUCGUCUGGAAAACAUAAAGGAAAAGUUCUCAUUCAAAUGAGAGAAGAAGAUGCAAAUCAGUUACUCACUAGGACGAUUCCAGCUAGUCCAAAGGUCUACUUUGAUUGUAAUAAGUCGUAUAUUUUGGUGGGAGGUUUAGGCGGUUUCGGUUUGGAACUCGCAAACUGGAUGAUCAGGAGAGGCGCCACCAAAAUUAUUCUGAACUCCAGAAGGCAAAUAUGGAAUGGCUACCAAGCAUUACGAUUGAAAUAUUGGUCAUCAUUGCCAGGAAUCACCGUUAAAGUGAAUACAAAUGAUAGCAGCGAUCUAGAUGGUGCUAAACGUUUAAUUCUCGAUGCAGAAAAGCUUGGACCAGUUGGUGGUAAUUUCAAUAUGGCAUUGGUUCUGAGAGACGCAAUCUUCUCUAAUCAGACGGAGAAAAACUUCGAAGACGUAUUCAAAGCGAAAAUUUCAUCAGGUUUUAACUUGGAUACUGUCACCCGUCAGCACUGCCCGAACCUGGAUAUUUUUGUGGUAUUUUCUUCAGUGGCGUGCGGAAGGGGAAACGCCGGACAGACGAACUACGGUAUGGCGAAUUCCGCUUUGGAAAGGUUAUGCGAGAAAAGAAAACGAGAAAAUCUUCCCGGUCUCGCCAUCCAGUGGGGCCCAAUUGGAGAUGUCGGAAUACUUGCCAAUGUAGAUUUAGAAAACACGGGCUUGAUGGGUAUGCUACCUCAAAAUAUAACUUCUUGUCUGAAUUCUUUAGAGACAUUCAUGUUACAAGAUAGUCCAGUAGGUUCUAGCAUCGUUUUAGCAGAAAAUGAAGAGUCUUCCGGCGCUGUGAAGAAGACAAUAGCAGAGACAGUUGCUCAUAUCUUAGGAGUUAGAGACAUCAAACUGGUGGACAAAUCAUCAACUAUAUCCCAGUUGGGAAUGGAUUCCCUGAUGGUGACUGAAAUCAAGCAAACUCUUUACCGAAACUUCCAUCUAGACCUCAGUAUUGACGAAAUCAGAUUACUUACAUUUGAAUAUUUAUUGGGACUUGAAGAAAACAAUACUAAAGCCAGUUAGAAAUGAACUGAUGAUAACUGUGUGAAUUGUUGUUUGUUUAUCACAAUGAGACUUGUAAUUGAACAUAAUCUUAAGCUAUAAUAAUAUCAAUAAAUUAUAUGCUUUGAUAGUACACCUCA